AUGGGUGGAAGAAGUCGCGCAACUCUACGUCGUGUGAAGAAGAAAAGGCAGCAGGAAAACGGGUCUGUAAAUACUAAAGAUGGAUCAAAUAGUCUAAAUUCAAGAAAAUCCCGACAUGAUCACCACAAGACGUUGUACGAUAGCAACUCGGACUCUUCUGACGAAGGGACUCAAGCCGUUGCCAUCCCUCUGCCAUCUUUGGAAGAUAAUCACGGCGUGCUUGACUUGGUUCAUCAGCUAGAGACGCAGUCAAAUUCAUCAAGCAAACGAGCACGUACUGAAUUGGAGAAGCAUGUGGUGGAGCAGCGCAAAAAAAGAUUUCGUGAAGAGAAAGCAGAGAAGAUUGUAUGGCGUAAAUUUGACAGAGAGAACCUUGCUUUUAAGCAGUUUUACGAGCGAAUCUUAGGACUGGAAAAGAACGAGUUUGAACGCUUUUUGGCUUGUUUAAAAGAGCCACUACCGGUGUACAUGCGGAUAAAUGGUAACUACUCGAGUCUGAGCGAGAUUGUGACGGGAUCAUUGGAGCUGGACUUCAAUCUUAAAAACGUGACAGUUCCCACACCUGUUGGUGGGGGUGAGCUACACAUGUGUUUUCGACCCGAAUCGUGGGUACCUGGGAAGAGAUUGUGGAAGUUGUCCGUAGAUAGUAAAUUAUUUCGCAAGGUCGAAACACUCCGAUCGCUCAGUACGUAUGUGCGUAUGCAGGGAUCAUUGGGAAUGCUACUUCGGCAAGACCCAGCUGCGACUGUACUGUCGGCAUUCUUAGAUGUUCAGCCAGGUCAGCGGGUGCUGGAUCUUUGUGGUGGAGGUGAACAUCGUGCGCCGAUUUUGGAAGAAUAUCUUUUUUCUGGUCGACAGGCUAACGCGGGAUUUAGGGAUAUUUUAAGCGCUCGGAAUGUUUUGGUGAUAAACGAACGUGACGCCACGGCGGCUGCAUCCACUGCGCGGAAUUUGACACGAACAAUACCACUUGCGCGCGAUCUCAUUGUUACUGGGCACAAGCCGGAGGAAUUUCCGACAUCAAAAAGUGCUAAUGCUUUAUUUGACCGUGUUAUUUGCUGUGCACCGUGUUCUGGCGAUGGACUGAUUCGUAAAUUUCCGGAAAGAUGGCGGACGUGGAGCCCGAAUGAGUCGUUAGCGUACCACCCAGACCAGGUACGUGUGGCUGAACAUGCCGCGACUCUCCUGCGCAUUGGAGGCAGUAUGCUUUACAGCACGCGGUCUUUGAAUCCGAUUGAAAAUGAGGCGGUGGUAGCUGAGCUGCUUCGACGAUCAAAGGGCGCAUUAAAGCUGUUAGUCACAGAGAAUGUUCUUAAAGAGUUGCGGCGCUCGAACGGCUUGACCAAGUGGUCUGUUCUAGAUUUAGCUUCGUGGGAUGACGCCCCAGAGAGCCAGAGACAUCGCCUUCGUCCGUCCAUGUGGCCACCCUCCGAUGAAGAAUGCAAUGAUAUGCAUUUGGAUCGUUGUGUCCGCAUCUUACCUCAUCAGAAUGAUACCCACGGCCUCUUUCUCGCUGUCUUUCAAAAGGUUCAUGAAAUUAAUACUCAAGUUGCAGGACCGGCCCCACUUUUGCAGUCAAUGAAGAAGACGAAGGCAAAUGGGAACAAGGAAAAAACGCAGACGAAGGCUAAAAAGCCUUUUGGCAGCUUUACCAAGAUCGACCAGCACCACGUUGCAUCCAUUCAAUCAUUUUAUGCCCUGGAAAGCAACCCAGUGCUCUUAGAACGCGUAGGAAUGGCUCGUCAAAAGCGUGCCGUGCAUCUAGUGACACCCGCAGUAGCAGAACUUCUGACGAAUCAGCUUCAGGGACGCUUAAGUAUAUAUCACGCCGGCGUAUAUGCGAUGCGACCAGCUGCUGGACGUGAUUGCGUUGCCGAUGAACUUACAGACAAUGGCGCCCAUGCAUUGCUUCCCGAAAUGAAAGGACGAAUUUUGAGCUUGCCCCAGGAAAAAUUCACGUCAUUUUUGAAAGCGCGCGAAAUUUGGCUAAAGAAUGCUGGAGAUCAUGCUUGUGAACAACUUGCUAACAUGACCGAAGGAAGUGUCGUCAUAGUGUUAGAUGAGAUGGAACCUGCACAGACUAGGGACCAAGAUAUCUUGUUAGUCGCUGUCAAGCGACACAAUUCGUGCUCGAUCGUAUCGUCUCCUGCAUCUAUUGCACGAGUCAAGUCGCUCUUAGAGGAAUUUGCUAACACGGGUGAUGGCGAGGACGGCUACGACUCGUUAGAAUUCGAAAACGAUUAA